GGCCCCCCCACCCUCUCGCCGCGCACUCUGGAUCCCGACGCGUCCUGACCGCACGGGUGGCGCGGCUACGGGCCGCGGGGGCCAUGGUGCGCGGCAGGAUCUCCCGGCUCUCGGUCCGGGACGUGCGCUUCCCCACGUCGCUCGGGGGCCACGGCUCGGACGCCAUGCACACGGACCCUGACUACUCAGCUGCCUAUGUCGUCAUAGAAACUGAUGCAGAAGAUGGACUCAAGGGUUGUGGAAUCACUUUCACUCUGGGAAAAGGCACUGAAGUUGUUGUCUGUGCUGUGAAUGCCCUUGCCCACCAUGUGCUCAACAAGGACCUCAAGGACAUUGUUGGUGACUUCAGAGGCUUCUAUAGGCAGCUCGCGAAUGAUGGGCAGCUCAGAUGGAUUGGUCCAGAGAAGGGCGUGGUGCACCUGGCGACAGCAGCCAUCCUAAAUGCAGUGUGGGACUUGUGGGCCAAGCAGGAGGGAAAGCCUGUCUGGAAGUUACUCGUGGACAUGGAUCCCAGGACGCUGGUGUCCUGCAUAGACUUCAGGUACAUCACCGAUGUCCUGACUGAGGAGGAUGCCCUAGAAAUACUGCAGAAAGGUCAAGUUGGUAAAAAAGAAAGAGAGGAGCAAAUGCUGGCACAAGGCUACCCUGCUUACACAACAUCGUGCGCCUGGCUGGGGUACUCAGAUGACAUGUUGAAGCAGCUCUGCACCCAGGCACUGAAGGACGGCUGGACCCGGUUUAAAGUAAAGGUGGGUGCUGAUCUCCAGGAUGAUGAGCGAAGAUGCCGACUCAUCCGAGACGUGAUUGGACCAGAGAAGACUUUGAUGAUGGAUGCCAACCAGCGCUGGGAUGUGCCUGAGGCAGUAGAGUGGAUGUCCAAGCUAGCCAAGUUCAAGCCAUUGUGGAUUGAGGAGCCAACCUCCCCUGAUGACAUUCUGGGGCACGCCACCAUUUCCAAGGCACUGGUCCCGUUAGGAAUUGGCGUUGCCACAGGAGAACAGUGCCACAAUAGAGUGAUAUUUAAGCAACUCCUACAGGCGAAGGCCCUGCAGUUCCUCCAGAUUGACAGUUGCAGACUGGGCAGUGUCAAUGAGAACCUCUCAGUAUUGCUGAUGGCCAAAAAGUUUGAAAUUCCUGUUUGCCCCCAUGCUGGUGGAGUGGGCCUCUGUGAACUGGUGCAGCACCUGAUUCUAUUUGACUACAUAUCAGUCUCUGCAAGCCUUAAAAACAGGAUGUGUGAGUAUGUUGACCACCUGCACGAGCAUUUCAAGUAUCCUGUGAUGAUCCAGCGGGCUUCCUACAUGCCUCCCAAGGAUGCUGGCUACUCAACAGAAAUGAAGGAGGAAUCUGUAAAGAAACACCAGUAUCCAGAUGGUGAAGUUUGGAAGAAACUCCUUGCUGCUCAAGAAAAUUAACUGUUCAGCCCCAACACCUUUUUUCUUUCUGAAGUGAAAAGGCUUAAAAUUUCUUGGAAAUAGUUUUACAAAAAUAGAUUUUUAAAAAAUCCAAGAUUGCACCUACCAAGAUAAACUUUUAGUUCAGCUAAAAGUCAUACACCCUUAGGAAUCAGCUCAGUAAUUAUUACUUGAUUCUUUUAACAAAUCAAUACACAUUAUCCUACUUAAUCCUUGAAUAGGUCUAGAUUUAACUAACCCAAAGUCCAGGAAGAUGUUGUUAAAAAAAUUUCUAUCAAGGGCUGGCACCUAGACAUUAAACUGUACUUUGAAAA